GUCUCAUGGCUGUCGACGGACGGUGGGUGGCGGCGGGUCGUCGCUCCAGCUGCGGCUGAGGGAGGAAGCGCUGGCUGGCUGGUUGGCUGAGCGGAGGGAGAUGAGUUGGUUCAACGCCUCGCAGCUCUCGACCUUCGCCAAGCAGGCUCUGUCGCAAGCGCAGAAGUCCAUCGACCGGGUGCUGGACAUUCAGGCUGAAGAGGAAGAGGAGGGCGAGGGAGGGCCUGGCCGGACCGCCCCGCCUCGGCCCGGAGAGGCUGGAACAAAUUCUCUUACAAGUGGAGGAUGGGAUGAGUCUACCUGGGGGCCAAACUCAAAUAUAGAACCUCAAAGUGAGCCAACAUUGUCUCCUACAGCCAUCACCAGACCAGUUAGGAGGACUGUGGUAGAUGAGUCAGAAAACUUCUUCAGUGCCUUUCUUUCACCAACGGAUGUUCAGAGCGUACAACAAAGUCUAGUGGUAUCUAAGCCACCCACCAAAUCGCAGCGACCCAAAGAAGAAGUAAAAAGUACACUACAGGAAUCCCUGCAGACUGACCUUCUAGAAACAGAAGAAAAAGAUUUCUCGGUAAUUUCGCCCAUAGAAUUGAAAACAUUCAGUAAUGCCCAGGAAAAGGUAGACGAAAAUAAUUCAGUACUUAAUACUGAAGAUACGCAUGAUGAAAACAACAGUAGAGACACUGAUCUAAAGACACCACCUCAGGAUCUCAAGGUAGCAGAAUCCACUGCUAUUGUAAAGUCAAGUUCAGGAAGUGAUGGACCUGGACAUGUUUCUGACAUCUCUGCACGGCCUCUGUCUGCAGAGGCGAAGAAUGUUGGUUUGGAAACUAAAGAGCAAAAAAGCGAGGACAGUUUGGAAACUAAAGAGCGGAAAAGCGAGGACAGGCAAAGCAAUACACCUUCACCUCCAAUCAGCACUUUCUCCUCAGGAACAUCCACAACUAGUGAUAUUGAAGUCUUGGACCAUGAAAGUGUAAUAAGUGAGAGCUCAGUAAGUUCAAGGCAAGAGGCUGCUGAUUCAAAAGCCAGCCUUCAUCUCAUGCAAAAUUCUUUUCAACUUCUAUCAGCAUCUGCUUGCACAGAAUAUAAUCGUCUAGAUGACUUUCAGAAAUUGACUGAGAGUUGCUGCUCCUCGGAUGCUUUUGAAAGGAUAGACUCAUUUAGUGUGCAGUCUUUAGACAGUCGGAGUGUAAGCGAAAUAAACUCAGAUGAUGAAUUGUCAGGUAGAGGAUGCGUUUUAGUAUCUGUUGCCAUAAGCCCUCCAAUGAUAAAAGGUGAUGAGGCUGAACCUACAGAAAGCAAGGCUGGACACAUCUUAAAUGAGACCCUUGUGCUACCCACAGAAGAAACAGAAAUGGAAGAAAGUGGGCGAAGUGCAACCCCUGUCAACUCUGAACAGCCGGAUAUCUUGGCUGUUUCUGAGCAAACAGAUGAAGGGCAGACCCAGAAGGAGGAGAUGGUAGUACUCCGGCCCAUUCCUGAAAAGUUAUCCAGUGUAGAGUGUGAAAAAGAAGAGCUUUGUAAGAUUAUUGAUUCGUUGACGGAGAAGCUAGAGAUGCGGGAAACUCGGCUAUUAAGCGUUAGUAAAGAGAAGGCAUGCCUAGAAGAAGCUUGUGAUAACCUUAAAGAUGAAAUCUUCAAAAUAAAAGACGAGAACAGUAACAUUUCAUCUUUGAAAGAAGAAUUUGCUCAGCGAAUAGCAGAUGCAGAGAAAAAGGUUCAAUUAGCAUGCAAAGAAAGAGAUACAACUAAAAAAGAAGUAAAGCUCCUCAAAGAAGAUCUAGCAACUAGAUUGAACAGUAAUGAAACUGCUGAACUACUUAAGGAAAAGGAUGAACAAAUUAAAGGUUUAAUGGAGGAAGGAGAAAAGCUUUCAAAACAGCAGUUACAAAAUUCUAAUAUUAUUAAGAAACUAAGAGCAAAGGAGAAGGAAAAAGAAAACAUAAAUACAAAGCAGAGUAAAAAACUUAAAGAAUUAGAAGAAGACUUACAGCAUCUGAAACAGGUGCUGGAUGCCAAAGAAGAAGUUGAAAAGCAACACAGGGAGAACAUUAAGCAACUAAAUAGUGUAGUUGAACGCCAAGAGAAGGACCUUACCAGAUUCCAAGUGGACCUUGAAGAUCUUGAAGAAAGGAACCGAAGUGUUCAGGCAGCUCUUGAUAGCGCAUACAAAGAACUUGCAGAUCUUCACAAAGCCAAUGCUACAAAGGACUGUGAGGCACAAGAAGCAGCAUUAAGUCAUGAAAUGAAAGUGAAAGAAGAACUGGGCUUCGCUCUAGAGAAGGCCCAAGAGGAGGCUCGUCAGCAACAAGAGGCGUUAGCAAUUCAGGUGACAGACUUGAGACUGGCUCUGCAACGUGCAGAACAGCAACAAGCUAGAAAGGAGGAUUAUUUGCGCCAGGAAAUUAGUGAACUCCAGCAGAGACUUCAAGAAGCUGAGACUCGCAACCAAGAGCUGAGUCAAAGCGUUACAUCUGCUACAAGGCCCCUGCUCCGACAGAUAGAAAACCUGCAAGCAAACCUGGGAGCACAGACCUUGUCAUGGGAGAAGCUGGAGAAGAACCUUUCUGAUAGGCUUGGGGAUGCUCAAACUGCCCUGGCAGCACAGACGGAAAGAGAACGUGCUGCUACAGAAGAACUUCUUUCCAAUAAAAUCCAGCUUUCUUCCACCGAGUCACAAAAUAAUCUCCUAAGGCAAGAAAAUAGUCGCCUUCAGGCUCAACUAGAGGGAGAGAAAGCGAGGCUUAAGAAACUAGAAAAUGAAAACAAUCGGUAUGAAGUUGAGCUAGAAAACCUCAAAGAAGAAUAUGUGAAAACGGUUGAAGAAGGAAAAAAAGAAAAGAUGCUGUUGGCUACUCAGCUAGAAAUGGAGAAAAUGAAAGUUGAACAAGAAAAAAAGAAGACAAUUUUUGUACAAGAAACUGCAAGAGAAAAGGAGCGUAAAUUAUACAUUUCAUCAACAAUGGAAACUGUCUCAAGUACGCCCACUCUGUCACGCUCAAGCUCCAUAAGUGGGGUUGAUAUGGCAGGUCUCCAGGCAUCCUUCAUAUCCCAGGAUGACCCACAUGAUCAUUCUUUUGGUUCAAUGUCUACAAGUGGGAACAAUCUAUAUGAUGCAGUGAGAAUGGGAGCAGGUUCAAGUAUUAUUGAAAAUCUACAGUCACAAUUAAAAUUAAAAGAUGGAGAGGUUUCUCACCUACAGCUGGAAAUCGGAAACCUUGAAAGAACUCGGUCAAUAAUGGCAGAAGAGCUGGUAAAAUUAACAAAUCAAAACGACGAUUUAGAAGAAAAAGUAAAGGAGAUACCCAAGUUACGUGCACAACUUAGGGAUUUGGAUCAGAGAUACAAUACCAUUCUCCAGAUGUAUGGUGAAAAAGCAGAAGAAGCAGAAGAACUGAGGUUGGACCUUGAAGAUGUGAAAAAUAUGUACAAGACUCAGAUUGAUGAACUUCUGAAGCAAAGGCAUAGCUAGUUACUGCUGAAAAUUGCAAAUAGAAAAUAAUGUAUUAAACUGUAGAGAUGGUUAUGAAAAUGCAAAUAGCUUGUAAAGUAUUUGUACUAUAGAGUGAUUGUCGAGUUCUUAUGUUGGCAGGAAUCGUUGUGCUUUCAUGAUGGCUGACUGCCAGCAGUUAAAUUAUUUGUUAAUAUUUAAAACCUGAUAUAUAUAUAUACAUAGCUUAAUGCUAAUUGAAAAGCAGACCAUCUUUUCUCUAUAUAGUAAAGUACAAAUUGACUUGCAUAAUAACGACUGGUCAUUCAGCAGUAGGAACUUCUAAUUGCAACUCUCAUAAGGAUGUAUGAAUAAUUCCAAUUAUGGUUAUCUGAUUAAUAUCCCAGUUCUGAUCUGUUCCUAUCAAAAUGGGUAUUUGGAGGGAAAAGAUAUUGAUUUAUGAAAUAUAUAUACAGAUAGCAACGACUUGACUUGCUACCUGGAAUAAAAGGGUAGGGUUCCUUUAAGAUUUAAAAACCCAAAACAAAUUAAUAUCUGGAUUUGUACUCUGGUGCUCUAACCAUACAUAGCUAACUUCUGCUGCCCGCAAAGCCAGAAAAUUGCCUUUGCCUUAACCAUGCAGAGUGGUUUAUAUCUUAAUAGCAACCAAACUCCCUCCUAUUCAGAAGAUACAACAUAGUAGUCUCUGUUUUUUAAAUGUUUUGCUGCAUUCGUAAAGCAUAAUACUCUGCCACCUAGAGGCAGGCUGCCUAGCCGCUUUAAUGACAUUUAGCUGUAGUGAAAGAGAUGCAGAGUUUGUCUAAAAAUUAGCAGUCCUUUAUGGUUGGGAACAAGGCGUUUAAACAUUCGCACUCUGAAACUGUUGCUCCUCUCUCUUGCCAUGGCUUAAUUCUUUCAGUGUGUGUGAAUGCACUUUAUUUUCAAAAGUGAAUAAACUUCUUCCAGAUGUUUCAAAAUGCUUUUUAGAAGGUAUUUGCUAGAACAUAAAUGAGAAAUAACACAAAAUAGAUGGAAGCUAACUUAAGGUGCAAGUGAGGGGGAAAAACUCAUUAGUAUCAGUCACAUUCACAAAAAGAAUGCGUUCAGAGUAUUGUUCUACCUUCAUCAUAUUGUGUUCCUCCCCCCUAAGUUUUACAUUGUCCAUACAAUUGACUUCAAGCCUUUUCAUAAAGUUAACAUCAAACUGUUUAAAUAUUUGUUCUGAGAAAAAUAUGUCACUGCUGUUUUCUCUAAGAUAUAUAUAUAUAUAUAUAUAUAUAUAUAUAUAUAUUUGGUAAUUUUUUAAGAAAUUGAAAUUUUGUUAGAUGAGUGUAAACAAAAUUUUUGCUUACUGGUAAAUAUAAAGAUAAAAAAUCACACACUCAAAACGUAUUCAAAGCAGGUAACUUUGCUUAUUGGCCAAUUCACUGUAAAUUUGAUUACAUUAAUACAAAGAACUAUUUUCCUGAACCAGUCAAUCAAAGUUUAUUGAGGCAACUAAAAUAGGUUUUAGCCAAUGUUUUCCUGAACCAAUUACCUACAGUGCUUUCACCUAAGUUAAGAUGUAUCAAAAUCAAGAUUUUAUCUGUUGGGCUAUUUGCCAUUAUAUUAUCCAUUUACAUUUAUUCGCUUAAGAGUUCCACGUGUUCAAAUGAAUCAUGUGGUAUAGCCCUCCUGGGAUUUUACUAUGUCACAAUGGGAGAGGGAAUGUCAUAUGAUUGCCUGCCUGAGCAAAGCCAGUGUGUCAGGGAGAAAGUGUCUAGCAAAGGCGUCUUCUUAACAUGUUAGUGUUCUUCCUGAUAUGCUAGUUUUGUGUGUGCUGGACUUUUUGACUUGGUGAAGCUUUUAGUCAGGCAACCCCCCACCAAUAUUCUGAAGUGCUGUAUUGAUAGGAGGGCUAUAUUACAUGAGUAUGCUGUUCAGCAAAUAUACAUUUUGUAGCAUGCUGCUAUUGUCCUGGUAAGAUACUAAAUUGCAGUGCAAUCUAAUGGGAUAAUUCUUUGGCUCAAAAAAUGUUUUGCAUUAGCAGUUCAUUGAUACUGAUCUAAAACAGGGAGUAAACAAUGACUGCUGCAGUAGAAUUUAUUGCUAUCAAGUGUGAAUUUGCAGUAAGAUAAUACCAAUGUAAAAUGCACAUCUGAAUGCAUCUGAAGAUUCAGUCUACGACUUUUCUCAAAAAGAAAUGAAUCUUACUUUCAUUUGAAUUCUGUAAUUUCUAUUCAGAGCAAACUUUCUCUGUUUUUGAAUAAGAGAACACAACCUACAACUAGAACUCCUGUGUCUACCUUAAGAACAAAAUAUUGAGGUUUUAACCCAAGCCUUAAAUAGAUUUGCAACUUUUAAUCAGCUCACCUACAUACUGAUGCAGCCUCUUUACCGGUUUUAAAUUCACUAUAAGUUAAUUGAUUAAAUUUAGACCUAAGAUGUAGGCUGUGUUUUGACAGUUUAACUUCUCAGUUCCAUUGCAGAGCUUUAUCGAUUUCCUAAUUUCUGACAAUCAUUUAUUUUUUAGCAUGUAAUGUUUGUGAAAUUUAGGCUCCCAGUGUCUAUAAAUUCACGUACAAUGUUUAAAAAGAACUAGACAGUGUCACUCCUGUAUCUCGUCGUCCCCCCAUUCCGCUUUUAGAGCUUUUGCACAUCAGUAUAGUGUGACUCUAUAAGGACAUGGGCGUAAUCACCUUCUAAUAUGGGCAGUGGUCUUCACAAUGUUGAUGUAAAAAUCAAUAUUGCAAGAAAAAGGGAUUCCCUAGUAGAGUGCAGAUGUCAUCACAUUGCACAAACGAUAUCUGAUUAUUUUUCUUCCUUACUCAUAGCUAAGCUAUGAUGGUGAGGAAGAAAAAAUAAAUUAAGUCUGCAAGAAGAAAGGCUCUCUUCUUUUAAGUCGAAACACAUUUCUUAGGAGGGGGUAAAGUUACUCCCCCCCCCAAAAAAAACCCCUCUUGAAAUGAGCAUAAAUGGGCACCUUGGCUUCUCAUUGCUUUUGGAUUGGAAUCAAGCCAGGGCCAAUUUAAUGCUCAAUGGCAAUAAUAUUUAGUGAAUAAUCUGAACAAUGAUGCCAGAAUAUUUUUACAGUUAUUUAAGUCCUUGUUGUAGCUGUGUUAAAACAGUUUGCCCUCUUGCUGUCUAAGAAAUAUUUCAUUUUUAUAAAGGGCUGUAAACUAGUUUAAAUAAAGUGUACAUUAAUAAUAUUACAGAAAUUAAUCUGUUAAUGUAAAUAAUUUUAAUAUGUUUAAAUCUUGGUCUGAGUAAACUAUUUGAGUUAACAA